AUGGGGGGACCUAACCUCGAAGUCUUCAAAUUUGGCAUGUACAUCAUGUUCCCAAUUGGAACGAUGUACUACUAUGGCACGAACUUAGACAGACGCUUCGCCGUGCCCGAUUUCUGGCCGAAGCCUAACCAGACAAACCGAAUUCCUUUCGAGAAGGACGAGAUACAUAGCGAGCUGGAGCGUUUGAGGAAGAAACGAUUAUUCUUGAGGGAGAAGCGACUUGAGAUGGAAGCCAAAGGAGAGAGUGGGAACGAGAGUAGGAAUGGAGACUCUUCGUGA